AUGGAUGAUUCAAAGCCAGUUGAUCAGAUAUUCACUAAAGCACUACCGAAGAUUGAGCUGCACGCUCAUCUCAGCGGGAGCAUCAGUCGCCAAUGCCUGCAUGAAAUUUGGAAACGCAAAAAAGAGCACAAUCCCAAUCUAAAUGUAGAGGAUCCGCUGGUACUGAUGCCUCCGGGCAAGGUCGAUUAUACACUGGAAACGUUCUUCUCCACAUUCUCCAAGUUGACCUACCAACUCUGCAACGACCUAGAAAGCUUGGUAUAUGCUACUAAUUCGGUCCUGGAGGACUUUCUUGGAGAUGGAGUAGUGUAUCUUGAGCUACGAACCAUACCAAGAGCAUCUCCUGGUAUCACUCGAGAGCAAUACAUCAGCUCAGUUCUAGCUACAAUCGAGACAUUCCAAAGUAAAACACAACGGAUGUCUGUGUUUUUAAUUCUAGCCAUCGAUCGCGGCAGCAUGACGGCAGCAGAGGCGGAUGAGAUCGUCAAUCUUGCCAUCGAAAACAAGUCGCGCGGUCUUGUGGGGGUGGAUAUAUGCGGCAACCCAACCAAAGGCGAUGUCAGCAUCUACAAAGAAUCAAUUUCGAACGCAAAAGCCAACGGUCUAGGAAUCACCAUUCAUUUUGCUGAGACAGCAGCUUCGGCUUCUGCGAGCGAGCUAUCAACCCUUCUUUCAUUCCAACCCGACCGAUUAGGCCAUGUCAUCCAUGUGCCUGACGAGGUCAAGAAGGAGAUUGCGCGGCGCAGGCUCUGUCUGGAACUGUGUAUCUCUUGUAAUGUCCAUGCAAAGAUGGUUAACGGGGGUUUCUUGGAUCACCAUUUCGGUUAUUGGCGACACGAAGACUGCCCUAUCGCACUCUGCACCGACGAUGUGGGAUUUUUCUGUAGCCCCGUCUCGAACGAGUACUUGUUGGCCGCACAGCAUUUCGGCUUGAGUCGUGCUGAUCUCUUGGAAAUGUGCAUCAAGUCUGCAAAUGCAAUUUUUGCUGGCAAGUACCACAAAGAGAGAAUCCAAAGUAUGCUGGAAGGAUUCGCUACUCGGUUUGACUCUGCAUGA